AUCCAAGUCUCUUUGGAUGAGAAGGCUGCAUGUAGAUCCUCAAGGCGAUGAUGAUCUGAUCGUCCCCCCCAUGACGAACCCUUCUGUACAACCUACACUGGAUGUUCUUUUAAAAACAUGGUGCGCAUCAAACACCGCUACAUCCUCUUCGACAUCCUCUACCCUUCCACCACCACCUCUCCCGCGCCUGCACAAUCGUCUUCAUCUCCCCAACCACCAGCGUACGUACUCUUCUCGCGUCCGAGCCCGAGCCACAUCAGUGCGCAACUUCUCAUAUCCGCCAUCCGGUCGAGUAUCCAGUCCGUCUUCGGAGACCAUGGCCUUUCGGUCACCCAGCCCUCUUUACGUAUAGUUUACUUUAGCCCGGGCACGAGCACAGUGAUCCUACGUGUACCUCGCGCACACUACAGUCUCGUCUGGGCAAGUCUCACGUUCAUGGAUACGCUUCCCGGUCCACAGAGAGGUGCAGCUCCUCCGGUCCGAUGCGUCGCUCGGGUGGUUCGAGUGAGCGGUACGAUAAGAAAAAGCGAGGAGGAGGUUCUUCGUCGAGCGCGCAGGGACAUUGUGCGCGCGAAAUUAGAAGGCAGGCAGGAUGAAGAUGGAGACGUUGUGCUGGAAGGUCUACUGGAUCAGAACAAUGGAAAACGACCAGUUCAGCUCGCCAGCCUCAGGGCUCAAGAGGAAGAAGAGGGGGUCAUAGACUUCGAUUACGAACAAGACAUGGAAGACUCGUCUGAUUGAAAAUUUCCCUUCGCUUCGACUCCCGUCGUGGAAAAUCAUCAUCAUCAUUCGUCAAUCUCAGAAGUAUAUGGGUCAUCGGCCCUGUAGAUGACUUGGUCACAUAUUUCCGACGACCGAAAAACCACCAGGAUCGCCAUCCAUGGCUCGCAUUAGACCAACAUUUGGAAGAACAAGAGGAAGAGGACAUUGCACCUUCACGACCCGCAAAAGCAAUGCCACAAACAAUCGUUGACAGGCGGAAAAUCGCUAAGUGAUGAAAUUACAAUUGUGCGCCAUGGUCACGAACCUCCACCGUCAGGCCCGGUCUCCCCUUUCCUCCUAAUCUUAACACCACUGUCGCCCAUCAUUUUUGACACUAUCAUUGGCGCCCUCGGCGCCCCCAAAGGCGUAGCCACCGGCCCUGUCGAUGGUUCUCAAAAGCGACAUCAUGCUCUUCUUGUCCUCGACCGCGAGAGUCUCGUAUCCUACCAGCCCAAACUCCUCGACGAGAUUGACAAUGGCUUCGUUCAAUGCCGCGAAUUUCCCCUGCCCAAACAUGGGCGACUCUUCUUCGAGACUGGGGAGUAGAUAUGACAGGUCUUGCACUUCGGUGUAAAAGUCCAGGUUGAACGGCAAGGGCGGGUACUUGGAGAGAUUGUCGAUCUUCGUCAGCACGUUAAUGUGCGUCAUGUCGAGUUGGAGCAUGCUCCUUAAGGAGAGGAGGAGCGUCGAUAUGUACAGCGAUGGUAGUGUCAGAGCGUAUGAGUCGAUCAAGUUGACGACGACUAGCUGUGACGAUGUUAGUCAUGGGUCACGACUGAUUGUCUUGUAUGGUUUUGC